AUGUUCAGAAAAUAUAGUUUCUCUGAAGAAAUUGUGGAUAAAGAUUUUAGCAGAGAAUGGAAUUGGGAUGAUUUUAUAUAAGAUUCUAAUUCAAGAUUGAUUAAAAAAAGGACAGUUCAUUUUACUUAAUAAGAAGAUGAUCUAUUAUGUUAAUAGGUUGCAUAACUAGGAAAAAAAUGGAAGAAAAUAGCAUAACAAUUUCCUAAUAAAUCAGAUAGGAUGUUAAGAAAUCGAUAUAUAAAAUUACAAUAAUAAUCUGAUAUAAGUAUUAUAAAACUUUAUACAUAAAGCUGAGACAAUUUUAUCGCCAAAAUUAGAUUUAAGUAGUCAUGAAGAAAAAAUACAAAAAAAACGGAAAAUUAAUGAACAAUAAUUAUUGAUCUAAAUGAAGCAUUUAAAAUCAAUAAAACAAAAAAUUGAAAUUAUUUCUAUUCUCGUUUAAUAAACAAAAAUAGAAUUGAUAAAUUUACUAACUUCUCGUACUUUAUGA